GCGGCGUGGCGCCGGGAAAAGGUAUCACAGCAGUCCCAGUUCUCUCCGAGCCAAGCCGAAGCAUCCAAGAAUCUGAAGAAAUGCGUUUCCUCAUCGUGAUUGCCUUGUUCGCCGUGGUGGCCGUGGCUGCAGCCCAGCAGGGAGGUCCUCAAGGAGGCCAGCAGGGUGGCCAGCAGGGAGGCCAGCAGGGAGGCCCGCAAGCAGGUCCUCAAGGCGGCCAGCAGGGAGGUCCUCAGAACUCCACCCCCGAGAGCAGCGGAGAGCAGCCGAGCGGCCUCCCAGGCCUGCCUCCCAACGCCAACGCCACUCUUCCCAGCAACAGCACCACCGAGGCCGGCAUCACCGCCGACAGCACCACUGAGGCCAGUGAGGCCACCACAGUGGCUUCCGCCUAACUUUGGCCUGAAGUCCAGUACUAUUUAAUAUCCACCUUGAUACUUAUGUUACCUGAUGUUAUUCAAUAAACCUCUUGCAAGAUA